AUGCACCCUGAACUCAGUACUGGAUUGGCUGCUCUCAGCCUGCUGAAUCUCGUUGGGGCCGUACCGUCCUGCCAGUCUGGGCAGUGGGAAGACCUUGCUUCCAUUCCAACCCCCCGCCAAGAGCACGGCACCACUGCUAUCGGCAACACAACCAUUGCCAUCCUCGGUGGCAUCGUUCCCACAAAUGGCUCGACAACCACGACCGACCUCCUUCAGCUUUACGACAUCGAUUCCAACACCUGGAAAACCGUGUCUCCAGCCCCUUACAAAGUCAACCACCCCAACAUUGCCGCAGUGCAUGACAAGUUGUACCUUCUCGGUGGCUUGGCCCCUGGCCCUGUCUCUACUGACGUGACCAUGAACUGGGUGGCUUCCAAGCUCUGCUACGCAUACGAUGUCGAGACGGACACCUGGACCCAGCUGGCUUCCAUGCCGAGCGGCAUGGAGAGAGGAAGCGCCAUCGUCGGGGUACAGGGCGAGAUGAUCUACCUUGCUGGAGGGAUGACGGUGCUCAUGACGGGAUACCAGGACGCGGUCGACUCCGUCAUAUCCUUCAACACGACAUCUGGCAAGUGGCAGAGGCUCGUAGUAGCCGCCGCGGAGCUGCCCGAAAGCCGCCAGCACGGAGCCGGCUCCGUCAUCGGCGAUACUUUCUACGUUGUGGGUGGCAGGCGGUACAACCAGACCAACUACCGUGACACGGUUUUCAAGCUCGACUUGGCCAACCAGGAGGCUGGCUGGGAGACAAGCACGGGUCACAUGCCAACGGCCCGAGGAGGUAUCAACGGAGGUGCUGUUGGAAGCACGUUCUACGUCUUUGGUGGCGAGGGCAAUCCCGACUCUACCACUGGAGUGUUCAAUCAGACUGAAGCAUUCGACACGGUGGCGCAAGCGUGGACUGAGCUGGAGACCAUGCAGGUACCCCGUCACGGGACUCAAGCAGCUGCGGCAAACGGCCGGAUUUACAUCCCUGGAGGUGGCCUUCAACAGGACGGGAAAGUGGUCACCGUGGAUGGAGUCACUACUUAUCAGAAUCCGACGGCGCAUUUCGAUGCCUACUGUGCUUAG